UUACGACGCGCAGCCUCGUCCCUGCCGCCGCCGCCGCCGCUACCGCUGCUGCCGCUGCCGCUGCCGCUGCUGCCGCUGCUGCCGCCAUUGGAGUUGGCGCCCCCUCUGUGCGCCCCCCGCCCGGCUGCCGCCGCCGCCCCGCGAGCCAGCACCGCCGCCGGCGCCCGGGAACUUGGCGUCGGGGGCCGCGCGCGGCGGGGACAGGCCCGGCCUCGCGGGAGGCCCGAGCCGGCGGCGUUCAUGAAGCAUGUCGGCCACCAGCGUGGAUCCCCAGCGCACAGUGGUUCUUUGCAGCCGAAGGAGACGGUGCCCGACGCCGACUUCGAGCCCUACCUUCCCGGCCAGUCGAGUCAGAGCAGCACUUACCCCUCGAUGAGCGAUCCCUACCUGUCCAGCUACUACCCGCCGUCCAUCGGAUUUCCCUACUCCCUCAAUGAGGCGCCGUGGUCCACUGCGGGGGACCCUCCGAUCCCCUACCUCACCACCUACGGGCAGCUCAGUAACGGAGACCACCACUUCGUGCACGAUGCCGUGUUCGGGCAGCCCGGGGGCCUGGGGAGCAGCGUCUAUCAGCACAGGUUCAACUUUUUCCCUGAGAGCCCCGCCUUCUCUGCGUGGGGCGCCGGCAGCUCUCAGGGCCAGCAGACUCAGAGCUCGGCGUACGGCAGCAGCUACACGUACCCGCCGAGCUCGCUGGGCGGCACGGUUGUGGACGGGCAGACGGGCUUCCACAGCGAGACCCUCAGCAAAGCCCCCGGCAUGAACAGCCUGGAGCAGGGCAUGGUCGGCCUGAAGAUCGGGGAAGUCACCACCUCCACGGUCAAGGCGGCGGGCUCUGUGGUCAGCAGCGUGGCGCUGGCGGGCGUCCUGUCCAGCAGUGGUGGGACGAGUGUCAGCAUGCCGGUCGCAAAGCCAACCUCGUGGGCCGCCAUUGCCAGUAAGCCCGCAAAGCCACAGCCCAAGACGAAAGCCAGGAGCGGGCCUGUAGCCGGCGGUGCCCUGCUGCCCCCCCCCAUAAAGCAUGACAUGGACAUCGGCACCUGGGACAACAAGGGGCCCGCGCCCAAGGCCCCGGCGCCGCAGCCGGUGGCGCAGCCUCCCCCUUUGGCCCAACCACAGUAUCCGAGCCCUCAGCCACCUCCCCCGGCCCGCUGGGCGGCCCCUCGCAGCCGAAGCGCAGCCUUCGGGCCGAGUGGAGGGGGCGCCAGUGACGGCAGCUCUCCCGGGAGCGGCCAGCCCGGUUCCGCCCCGAGUGUCGAAUCCCACCCGGUCCUCGAGAGGCUGAAAGCUGCGCACACCUACAACCCGAAGGAGUUCGACUGGAACCUGCGCAGCGGGCGCGUGUUCAUCAUCAAGAGCUACUCGGAGGACGACGUGCACCGCUCCAUCAAGUACUCCGUGUGGUGCAGCACGGAGCACGGCAACAAGCGGCUGGACAGCGCCUUCCGCGCCACGGGCAGCAAGGGGCCCGUCUACCUGCUCUUCAGCGUCAAUGGCAGCGGCCACUUCUGCGGCGUGGCCGAGAUGAAGUCGCCCGUGGACCACGGCGCCAGCGCGGGGGUCUGGUCUCAGGACAAGUGGAAGGGCAAGUUCGACGUGAAGUGGAUCUUUGUCAAGGACGUGCCCAACAACCAGCUGCGGCACAUCAGGCUGGAGAACAACGACAACAAGCCGGUGACCAACUCGCGCGACACGCAGGAGGUGCCCCUGGAGAAGGCGAAGCAGGUGCUGCGCAUCAUCGCCUCCUACAGGCACACGACCUCCAUCUUCGACGACUUCUCCCACUACGAGAAGCGCCAGGAGGAGGAGGAGGUGGUGCGCAAGGAACGGCAGAACCGGAGCAAGCAGUAAGGACGAGCCCGCGCCUCGUGUCCCGGCAGCUGGCUCUGAGGCCGCAGCGAGUGCCGGUGCUGUCCCCGCGCCAGCCCCGCGGCGUCCCGUGCACGGGUCGAGUCGCCUCUUCCUUCUUUGUAGUUGGCUUUGCCAGAUGGCUCUGCAUUCAUUUGUAUUUUUUGUACGUAUGACACUAUUGUAGAACUCACUAAUAAAGGGUUAUUUUUCUUGUCUGCUUA